GAGAAGACAUUGCUGGAAGUGCAGCAGAGGAGCGAAACCUGCAUAGAUCACAUGACCCCACCAAUGAAGAUGGAGGCGGACCGGAGUCACAUGACUGAGAGGAUACUAAACCUCACCCUGGAGAUCAUCUACCUGCUGACCGGAGAGAGAUUUCCUCUUGUGAAGUCAGGUGAUCAUAUGACCAUCACAGUGCCUCCAUGUGACUCCCUAAAACCCGAGAGACACAACAUGAAGAAGAUUCUAGAAGUCACCAAGAAGAUGAUGGAGCUGCUGACAGGAGAGGAGUAUUUAGAAGAACACAAUAAUCUCUACAAGGAUGUCAUGGAUGGAUCCAGUAAUGGGAACCCACCAGAGAGAUGUCCCCGUCCUCUGUAUUCCCGGGAUUCCACACAGGAAGAGCACACCAUCCCCCACCAUCAUCAGAGUGGAAACCUCUGGGAUUAUAAUAAGGUUUUUGUUAAAGAAGAGUAUAAAGAGGAGGAUGAGGAGUAUGGAGUGAUGAAGGAGUUUUCUGAAGGACAUGAGGAUCUCAAUGAGGAUGUUAUGAUGGAGCCAUCUAAAAAGAGAAACCCACCAGAGAGAUCUCCCCCUCCUCUGUAUUCUCGGGAUUCCACACAGGAAGGUCACACCAUCCCCCACCAUCAUCAGGGUGAAGAUCUGAUUAUCAUAAAAACUGAGUGUGACGUAGAAGAGACGUAUGUGAGGGAUGAUCAGCAAUAUACGGAGGAGGCUGGAAUGACGAGGACAUUCAUAGAGGAGGACACUCCUACAGAGAUCAGCACAGGACACGCCAUGGAGAAACCCUCAAAGGAACGUCUCACUUUAUCUCCAGCUUGUAGAAUGGAAGAUGAGGACAUCACAGGAGAUUGUGGAGGAGAAAAGACAAUGAGCUCCACUAUGGAUGGAGGAUUUCACAGUGUGGAUAGACCAUGCAAUCCCUCUGACUCUGAGCAAUCUUGUACUGUGGGGGAUGGGGCCGGAAUUCACGGGAAGAAGAAAUGUUCCUGUCCUGGAUGUGGGAUAAGCUUUAGCUCUGAUCAAUUUUUCUCUGUUCAUGGGAGAUCUCACACGGGUGAGGAAGUUUAUUCCUGUUCUAAGUGCGGAAAAUGUUUUCCUCACAAAUCAAAACUUCUCACACAUUACAGAUCUCACACAGGGGAGAAGCCGUAUUCUUGUUCCGAGUGCGGUAAAUGUUUUUCUCGGAAGUCCUGUCUUUCUAGACAUAAGACAUUGCAUACAGGUGAGAAUGUGUAUCCCUGCACUGAGUGCGGAAAAUGUUUUACACAGAGCACCAAUCUCUCAAGACACCAGAGACUGCACAUGGGCGAGAAGUCUUUUGCCUGCCUCGAGUGCGGGAAAUGUUUUUCACGGAAAUUAGAUCUUGUCGUACAUUACAGAUCUCACACAGGAGAGAGGCCGUAUUCCUGCCCCGAGUGCGAGAAAUGUUUUUCAGAUAAGGGCCGUCUUACCAAACAUAAGAGAUGUCACACGGGCGAGAAGCCGUAUUCCUGUUCCGAGUGCAGGAAAUGUUUUUCAGAUAAGGCCGGUCUUACCAAACAUAAGAGAUGUCACACGGGCGAGAAGCCGUAUUUCUGUUCCGAGUGCGGGAAAUGCUUUUCACGGAAAUCAGAACUUGUCAAGCAUCAGAGAUCUCACACGGGGGAGAAGCCGUAUUCCUGCCCUGAGUGUGGAAAAUGUUUUUCACAGAAGUCUUAUUUUACCCAACAUCAGAGAACCCACACAGCCCUCGAAGGUGUAUUAGUGUCCUGAGUGUGGGAAAUGUCUUCUAUAUGGGUCAUAUUUAUUUUUAUUUUUUGAAAAGCCUAUGGCGUGUGAACACACCCAAAAAACUCCACCCGGUGCAGAAAAAUGUGCACACACAUAAAGAGUAUUCACUUAAACGUGCAGACGGAUGCAACGUCAAGUGAUCCUCCUGUGAAGAGGGACCCAAACCCUGAUCCCCCGGGGCGUUAGGCUCCAGAUGGGGAU